UCUUCCACCACACCAAUCUCUCAACCCAUUUGCACAAACAAAACACAACACAUUUCCAAACCAAAAACUUCUCUUCUAAUUUUCUCUGAAACUACCGCUCCAAUGGCUUCACAGAUCGAGAGCCACCGCGCCGGCGCGGAGAUCGUCAACGGCGAUGACAUCUGCAGGAAGAAGUCCAUCGAGCUUCUGGGAGAGCUCGGCCUCCCCAUGGGGCUCCUGCCAUUGGAGGACAUCGAGGAGUUCGGCUACAACCGGGAGACCGGGUUCAUCUGGAUGGUGCAGAGGAAGAAGAAGAUCGAGCACGUCUUCAAGAAGAUCAAGCAGAACGUGUCCUACGCCGGUGAGGUGACGGCGUUCGUCGAGAAGGGGAAGCUGAAGAAGAUCACCGGCGUGAAGACCAAGGAGCUGAUGCUCUGGCUCAGCAUCGUCGAGGUGUACGCCGCCGAGGCGUCGCCGGAGAAGGUGACCUUCAAGAGUGGCGCCGGAAUCUGCAAGACCUUUGACGCCGCUGCAUUUGCACCUGGGGAGUAAGGACUUGGAAUUGAUUUGCUUGCAUUGUUCGAAAUGAUGCGAAAAGUUUAUGGUAAAAAUGUCCGUGUCAAAGAAGGAUGGAACUUCUGUUGUUUCAUGCAUUAAGCUCAUGUACUCAGCAGUGUCAUGUACACUGCGUUGUGAUCAAAUCUAUUACCAUUAUGUAAUAAUGAAAUUAAUUUUAAAAGAUUACAA